CCGCCGUGUGGGCGGCCGGGCGGGCGGUUGGUGGAGGGGACGGUGCGAGUUAUCGCUCGCGCGCGGCGGUUGGUUGGGGCGCGCGGCGGCGGCGUCCACCCUCCGCCUCCCCGUCGGGCCGGGCGCGGGGCUGCCCCGCGCGUUCCCCUUCUUUCUCGCCGCCGCCGCUGGAUGCGGGGCGGCGGCAGCAGCAGCGCUGCGCGGAACCGGGGCGUAAAAUGGAGGGCCUGACGCUGAGCGAGGCGGAGCAGCGCUACUACUGCGACCUCUUCUCUUACUGCGACACCGAGAGCACCAAGAAGGUGGCGUCCAACGGGCGCGUCUUGGAGCUGUUCCGCGCCGCGCAGCUGCCCAACGACGUGGUGAUGCAGAUUAUGGAGCUCUGUGGUGCAACAAGACUUGGCUAUUUUGGAAGAAGUCAAUUUUAUAUUGCUUUGAAACUAGUUGCUGUGGCUCAGUCAGGUCUCCCUCUAAGAGUGGAAAGCUUAAAUACAGUGAAGGAUCUCCCUCUUCCCAGAUUUGUUGUGUCAAAAAAUGAACAAGAAUCAAGACACACAGCCUUGUAUUCUUCAGAUGCUGAUAAUUCAGCUUCUUAUUCAGGUGUGAUUCCUCCUCCACCUGGCAGGAUACAAGUCAAAAAAGGCUCUGUGAGCCAUGAUGCAGUUCAGCAACGUACAUCAAGUGAUCAACAGGAGUCCACAUCUCCAGUUGUUUCACCACAGCAAUCCCCACCAACCUCUCCACACACAUGGAGGAAGCACAACCGCCAUCCCAGCGGAGGGAAUAAUGAACGACCUCUUGCUGGACCUGGGCCUUUUUGGGCUCCAUUUAGUGAAGCACAACCAGGCUCAUCUACUUCUAGUGAUCCCAUAUGGUCUGGUCAUUCACCACCACCUCACCAAGAAAAUUGGGUCAGUUUUGCUGAUACCCCACCAACCAGUGCUCUUUUAGCCAUGCAUCCUGCUUCUGUCCAGGACCAGACAACAGUACGAACUGUAGCAUCAGCUACAACAACAAAUGAAAUUCGUAGGCAAUCAAGUAGUUAUGAUGACCCCUGGAAAAUAACUGAUGAACAAAGGCAGUAUUAUGUUAAUCAGUUUAAAACCAUUCAACCUGAUCUAAAUGGAUUUAUACCAGGAUCUGCAGCUAAAGAAUUUUUCACUAAGUCGAAACUACCUAUUCUUGAACUGUCCCACAUUUGGGAACUUUCGGAUUUUGAUAAAGAUGGUGCACUGACGUUGGAUGAGUUCUGUGCUGCCUUUCAUCUGGUAGUUGCUAGGAAGAAUGGAUAUGAUUUGCCAGAAAAGUUACCUGAAAGCUUAAUGCCCAAACUAAUUGAUUUGGAAGACUCAACAGAAGUUGGGGAACAAACUGGUGAGGUUGGUUACUCUGGCUCUCCAGCAGAAGCACCUCCAAGCAAGUCUCCAUCAAUGCCAUCCCUAAACCAGACCUGGCCAGAAUUGAAUCAGAGCAGUGAGCAGUGGGAGACAUUUAGCGAACGCUCUUCAAGCUCACAAACUCUGACCCAAUUUGAUUCUAACAUUGCACCAGCUGAUCCUGAUACUGCAAUUGUGCACCCAGUUCCUAUAAGGAUGACUCCAAGCAAAAUCCACAUGCAGGAAAUGGAGCUUAAAAGAACUGGAAGUGAUCAUACUAACCCUACAAGCCCACUACUUGUGAAACCACCUGAUCUCCCAGAAGAAAACAAAAUGAGUUCAUCUGUAAAAUACACAUCUGGAAAUACAGUUACAGAUGGUUACAGCAGUUCAGACUCCUAUACUUCAGAUCCAGAGCAAAUUGGAAGUGCUGUAACGCGGCAACGAUCACAUUCAGGAACAUCUCCAGAUAACACAGCACCACCACCACCCCCGCCAAGACCUCACCCUUCUCACUCUCGGUCGUCAUCUUUAGAUAUGAACAGAUCCUUUUCAGUUACCCCAGGACAGCAACAGGCUGGAGUUGUUGCCUAUCCUCCUGCAGUGCCUCCAAGACCACAGCCUUCACAGGGUGCAGGUCCUCAUGUGCAUCGCCCAGUAGAUGCUGAUGGCCUAAUAUCUCAUACCAGUACCUCACCUCAACAAAUACCAGAACAGCCAAAUUUUGCAGACUUCAGUCAGUUUGAGGCAUUUGCUGCAUCAGGUGUAAACAAGGAGGAAGAUGAUGAAAUUGAAACACACUCAGAAGCCUUGCAGGUUGAAAAGCCCUCUGAUUCUGCAAGUUCUCUUAGAGUUGCCAAAGCAGACGGAAGAGUUGAAGAGAAAGUACCUGCUAAUGUCCCCUCUAGCGCGGGUAAAGGCACUACCCCACUUGCUCCACCACCAAAGCCUAUUCGCAGAAGAUUAAAAUCAGAAGAUGAACUGAGACCUGAAGCUGAGGAACAUACACAGAAAACAGGUGUCAUAGCUGCUGUUCUUGCUUCACAGCCAUCUAUUCCUAGAUCGAUAGGAAAGGACAAGAAGGCAAUUCAGGCAUCAAUCAGACGCAACAAGGAAACCAACACUGUUUUGGCCAGAUUGAACAGUGAACUACAGCAGCAACUAAAGGAUGUUCUUGAAGAGAGAAUCUCCCUGGAAGUCCAACUGGAACAACUUCGACCUUUCUCUCACCUCUAAGCCUACUGCCGUUAACUGUGAAUUUACUAACUUUGAAAGGGGUAUUGGUUUCAAAGCCUAUUUAAAAAUCCAUGCGUCUAGCUCGGUGCACUCUAUUCUACAUUAAAUGUUGUAGUUCUGUUUUGUCAAUUUGUCCACUUUUGUAUUUAAGUAUUUUAAUUUCAGUACAGGAAAAAAAAAAAAAAAAGAAAAACCUUUUUCCUUCAAUGUGACACUGCCUCUCACAUCGUUUUCUGUGGACAUCCGUGACCUUUGUUGGACUUGAGUUUGCAGAGUUUGUCGCCAAAAUUUCCAACUGGAACUUCAUAGUGGUUUCUUUUCUUUCCUGUUGAAACAUCUUGCAGAGGAGGAUCGCUGAUCAGUUGACUUGAAACAACACACAAAUUCUUCCUUUGCUGUGGCAUUUAUUUUAGUGUGCCAGAAAAGAGAAAAAAAUCUGUCAUCAGCCAAUAUUACCUCCCAAACUGCCUUCCACAAUUUGAAAGAUGUUCACAAUUCUAGAAAGCCUGCCUCUUUGCAAUAAGCCAGUUUAAACAGGUUGUCAGAGUUCUUGCAGGCUGUUCUCAGUAUCAACUGGAUUUGGUUUCAUAUUUCUGUUGUAUACAUUACAGAGUACCUAAACACGGUUUGCCAGGUGUUCACAUUUUAUCCAUUCAUGACCCUGAUUCAGCUGCAUGCAUGUGAAGACUUAUGGUACAAUUGGUGGUCUCUCAAACAAACCCUUUUCAGACCUUUUUGUGAAGGAGGUGGGUGUAAAUCCCUGACAUAAUAAUUGCACAUUUCCUAAGCACCACCUGUAAUUGCAUGUUUCACACAUUACCUUUUAAUAACAGAUCAUAUCCACCAGUCUUCACUAUAACAAAACGUAUUGUCAAGUAAUGUGUCAAUUCCCAGCCAAAAAAACUUUUUUUUUUUUUUAAAGAACGGUUUGCUUCUUAGGAAUUCUGGGAUACCGGCCUUAUUUCUCUGGCAUAUAGACAGGCUUCACUAUUAACUGAGUUCUCUGAGUGUAUCCUGCUAUUCAGGUUGAUGUACUGUAUUAGGAUUUGUUGUAUAUUGUAUGAUACACACCUUUUGAUCUCAUAUGUAAAUUUGCAUUAAUUGCUGACUAACAGCAGAUGUUCUAUUUAAUGGCUUCUUCUGGCUGUGGGAUCAUAGAUGUUUAACUGCAUGGAUGUAUCUCUGCAGAAUCAGAACUAGCAAUUGUGUGAUUUUUACACCAAUAAAACAGCACAAUAUUUUAAUUUUGUUGAUUCAUCUUUACGUGGGAAUUGGAACUCAUUCAAAUGGGGUGGGGCUUUGCAGGGACUUUUUGUAGUUUUGUGGCAUGUGUGACAAGAUAAUUGCAUAAUCUCUUGACCAUUUUCUUUCCCCGUGUAUCUCCAGCUGUUGGUCAGAAACAGUUGACUUCUCUUGGUAAUCUGUGGCUAUAUUCCUUUUGUAUCCUCUCAUCAGCAAAUUAAAUGUAGCUGUGACUUUUAAGAAGUAAAUGCUGGUACUGACUUGGGUCAAAGAAUUGUAUACUUCCCUAGUCUUUAUUUUUCUAGUUUGAUUUCCUUGAGAGUAUUUUUGAAAAUUAAAACUGAAUGAAUUAUGUGUUAGAAGUCUUUAUCUUCACUGUCUCACUCUUACACUUACAUGAAAUUCUCUUAACGUUUGCUUCUGUUGCAAAAGGAUAGCUCAAGUCAGAUUUUCUUUCUUUUGCUGGAUAUGCAAUUUGUUCCCAUGAAAAUGAGCUAUUUCCCUUUUUUGUUAUCAUCUGCAGACUGAUAAUUCUUUAUUGCUAAAAUUAUUCCAACACUUCAGACAAAGUGUUACAGGUGGCUUAUAUGUCAUCCAACACAGGGUUCCCUGGUAUGAAAGCCAAGAGGGUCAUAGUUGCAUGUAAGGAAGAUAUUUUCUGCUUCUGUGUAAAUGGAUUUAAGAAAUGGUACCUAAAUUGCAUUGCGAAGAUUACAUUUCAACUGCAUCUUGGACGCUAAUAGAUUAAGUGCAAACCUUUGAUUGCAAGAAAAAGUAACAGCAAAAAACAAACAACAACAACAUCAACAGAAAACAGAUAUAACCAGGGUUAUGCAACAGAGGAGAAAAGCAAAACAACCAGAACCUUGAAGGUAAUGGAUUAUUCACAUCUGUUGCAUUUUGUCAGGUAGCAAGUACACUGUUUGUUAAAAGAAUGCAAAGUGGGUCACUUCAUUGUAAUCAAAAUACAUUGAUUUUAAAUCAAGUUUAAAGUUAAAUGCAUUUUGAAAAUAGAGCUAUUUUUAUAAUAGUGUUUUUAGUAUUAAGCCUGUGUGUGUAACAGCAAGAUUCAUUAAUCAAGAGUUUGACAUUUUAAGCUAAAGGUUAAAGAGCCUUUUACAUUCUAAUGUGUACACAGUCUUCUCGUCUGUAUCUUUCUAGCAGAGUGCUCUGUUAUGUAGCGUCGUAAGUGAAGAAUUUAGCAAGAUUGAACAUUUUUAUAUCUUUCCAACAAGUCUAUUUUAAGAGAUUUUGUGGUUUAUUUUUAAUGCAUCGUUUAGUACAUUUUUUAACCUUUUUUUUUUUUAUCAGAAGAGCUUCUAAUUGAAAAAUAACCUAGGUUUUAAGAACAUCAAUGCCAACAGUGCUCAGAAGAUACCUCACUAAGUAGCGUAACCCAGCUUUAAUACCUUAGGCAAUUACUUACUUGUCUUCUCCAUUUAUUUAAUCUUAAUCCAGCUACUUGAUGGCAUUAUUUAUGAAUUUAGAUUGUAAGUUCUUCGGGGCAAGGAAUUAUGUGCAGUGCAAAAGAUGUUCUCUGUACUGUACUACACGUAGAUUAUUAAAUAGCCGUUAGUAUUUAAUAACAACACGCACUCCUUAAACACCUGCAAAAUGAUUUGCUUUGGAUUAUGAGACUGGAGAGGUACCUGCUUUCUCGUUUGAUUUGCCUUUUUCUGCUACUGAUGUGCCUGUUUCUUCAUUCCACCUGCUUUUUCCACCUGCUUUUCAAUUGAUUUUUCUCUCCAUUGUUCAUCUUUGAACUGCAGAGAUGAUUUCCAAAAUGCGAAAUAGAAAAGCCACCUUGAUUAAAGCGGUGUGUUUAGGUAGAACCAAUUUAAGUCCGGUGUUCUGAGGCUCUUUGUACUUUGCCCCUCACUUUACUUGCAGUUGUUUACUACCUGAGCUGAGGGAUCUUUUAAUGCUAAAAAUGUUGUAUGUGGGAUAAACUAAAGAAAAUAAAUUUUCAGCAUUGUUUCCUGUGUCUCUGUCCCUUAUGAGUGGGCUCUUCUGUGUUUCUGUCUUCUGUUUAGGGCAAAGACGAGUUGAGUUGCUCGUCCUGGAUUCAUCUAUGCUCAGAGUUGAUGUUUAAAAGCAAUUUUAUGUUUUCAAAAUAAUUUCUACCUGAAAGAAAAAAAGUAUCAGAGUUCUCCUGACUGUUUCUAGUUGAACAAAACAGGAAACAGUCUUAUUUUCCUCAGUGAGAAAUAGUGCAGUGUAGUUUAAGUACUUCAUAAAGCAAUUCAUAUGCUGUUGAAUAUUCAGUUCUACUCUUCAGAACUCCAUUUUUAGAGCCAUGCAACUUAAUUAACAUAAGCAGAAUUCCAGCAUGUUUAGCAAUGCAAUUGAUGAACUAAUGGUACAGUUCUCUAGAAAUAAAGCACGUGAAAGUCUAAUACUUGUUUCUCUAUUAAUAUUAUUUAAAUGGUUGUGUUCUGUUAAUAUUUGUUGAAGUGGAAGCUGCUAACUGUAGCUGUUGUAUGGGAGCAAUGUUAAAAAUGUUAAUGUUGAAAAAUGUCAAUGUUAAAAAUGUUUGUCAACAGCCAAAGGAGAGCGUAUGGUGUUAUCCUUGUACAUAGUACCAAUGGAAAGUACAGACCCUUUUUUCCACUGGUUCCUUUGAAAUAACUGCUUUUUGAAAUUUGAUUAUUUCAGGAGAGAGUUUAAUACUGACUUACAGGGUUUUUUUUUCAUCUAACAUUAAAGAUCUGACUGUUUCUCUUUUUGGUUCAAGUAAGACUGCGUUUAAACUGACAGAAGAGGUUAUGGAUGGUUCAUGUAGCAGAAUGCGUUCAAUGUAUAUGUUGCAGUAGGGAACCACACUUGGAAUCAGGAAUUUCUUCUAUGAGGAGCCUGUUGCCUCUUGUAUCCAUUCAGAAGACAAAUAAGAGACUACAUCUGAAAGAACAGCUGCCUUCUGAGAAAGGAGACACCAACAUCAAUGAUAUACUCCCGGCAUACAGUUGGAGGUGGGAGUGGAAUGAGUGCUACAACAGUUGCUGUAAAUUGUGGACAUUUGUGUAUAUGAACACUUGCUAGGGUCUCCUGACUGCCAAACAUGCCUGAUCGGGAAUCAUUUGUCAUUACUACAGUGUAUCUUACUGAAGUUUUUAUGGUUAGCUAAUGGGAUUAAAAGACUUUACUUCAAGAUUGCAUACUAGGCUGUUUCAGACUUUGUUGAAAAGGUAGAUUUAGUUGUUUGUUUUUAAAUCAAAGGACAACAGAGGAUUGAAGGAUUAUUUGGUGCUAAAAGUACAUGAAUCAAAAUGAUGAACUCACUGAGGCACCUAGGCAUUCAGCUUUGAAUUCGGCUUACAUAUUCAAAAACAAGAAUUUUGUAGGCACCUGCUUAGGAAAAAGUAGCAAUUACUCCAGAAAUAUGUGCAUUUCUGUGUCUGUUUUCCUGCUUGUUUUCAUCCGCUACGAUGUAUAUAGAAAUUUGUAUCUCAAAAAUGCUUCUCAGGAUCCAGGUUUGCAUUUAGUCAAAACCUAAAGAAUAUGCUGGGAAUAUACCAAUCAUGGCAGAGCGAACAGAGGUCUUUUCAAAUACUUAACUAUAUUGGUAAUUUAAAAAGGAAAAAUCUGCCUUUGUGCUGGAGAUUGCGGGAGUGGAACUCAGUUUUACUUAAGAUUAUAAGGCACAGAUCAGAGAGAAUCCCUUGAUUUCUCCUGUACUUCACCUUGGCAAUACAAAGUGCAUUCAGCAGCUGCUCUUCAGGAGACACUGUGAAUAAGGGUUCCAGUCAGGGGAGAUGAAAAGAGGAACACAAUGGUAUUAGACACAGGAGAAUCACCUGACUGAACGCUGCGUGAAUAUUUGUAGCACGUCACAGUUGUUAACAUGAGAACAGAUGUUGUUGUAACUCUAGGCUGUUAUUCCCUCCAGGUGUUAAGUAAUACUGUUUUACUUGUGUCAUUUUAUCUGAAAAAGUUAAUUAACCUAUCAGCUGAAGUCUAUUCCAACUCUCAAACAGCAUUUAUUUUAUUUUAGCUGAUGGCAGCAAAGGUGAACUGGCCUGACCCUACAAAAUAAUAAAUGUCGAUCUGCUUUAACUGUUUAUGACCAGUAAUGACCUUCCUCCAACCUUCCCUGAGCUCACACUGCUGAGCAGAACACUGUGCAGUGGGGAUGGUUCAGUAGGCUGUGCUGGCUACAUCCCCCCCAGCCCGCUUGCCUUGACAUUGCUCGCUCCGUGUUUCACAGCACAGGCAAAGCCUCAGCUAAUGCAGGCACAGCACCGUGCGAAUGCUGGACAUUAAAGAAAAAAGUGAUCUCCCUGAUACUAUCCUGAUAGAGAGGAACCAUUCUAACGUUUGCAUCUUUUUUUUAUAUUUUCCAAAUUCUAUGUGGAGACGGUGCUUGCUAAAUCAUGUUAAAAAGUUGGGUAUUAAUGAGAAGAACCUGCCUUCCUUGCUCUUCCAAGUGUGUGCCAUUAUUGCCUUUCCAAGCGAUGUGGUAAAGAUGUUUGAAUCUCCCACUGCUGCACCCUGCUGCUAUUUGUUAGGCUUCUUGCACUUGGGAGAGACAGCGAAGAGUGAGCAGCAUUUUAAUUUGUGAGGUUGCAGUCCUGCCAGCCUGAUGGUGGUCAGGUUUUGUUGCGCUUUCCAACACGCACUCUGAAAUGUUUCUGAAAACCCUCCCCAGAGAGCCUUUGUGGUGGGGGUUCUUUUACUCAGGAUCCAGCUCACCAACACUUUGCUAAAUACAUUCGUGGAAGGAAAGGAGUGUUCUGUUGAAAAAUGUUCUGUUUGCUAUCGAAGACCUGGUUGUUCUGGAAGAAGGACCGAUUCAAUAGCUAACAAAGUGAUACUUCAGAUUUAUGAAUGUGCACAGUUCAGCCAACCUGUUUGAAUAUUUUAAUAGGUUUAAAAAUGGAGAGCUAUUUAGUGCUGUUCUUAUAUGGGAAGCAGGAUGUUUAAAAUGUUCAUGUUUGCUAAGUGCAAAUGACUAGUGGUCACUUUCCUUGUAUAUCCAUACUUCUCACACUUUGAUCUCUUCCCAGAGUGGUAAGGCUUUCAAAUGUGAGUGACAAAGAGUAAUGAAUAGAUAUCAAAAUCAGUCAUAGACAGGCAGCCUUGCCUUAGAAAACUAGUCUAUAGUGAACUUCAGAUUUCAGUCACAUUCCAUGGGUAAAACCCUCGUGGUUUCCAUUAAAGCACAUUAGAUUUUACAACCCAUCAACUGCAAGGGCUUCUGGCACAGAAGAUGGUGAUUACAACUGCUUCAGAAGGCAAAGAUGUUAAUUCAUUAGGAUGAAGAAAGAAGCUGAGAUCCUCUGUUGAGAUCUGUUAUGUUUGUGCACAAAGGCCACAUCAGGUGAGCACAGACAUCUGCAUUUUUGAUACUUAUGUGCUGUGCGUUCUGUCACCCUUACUAAUUAUUGCAUUCUGAGAGUCAUUUCUGUAUUUUGUGUUGAAAUUAUCUCCUGUAUUUUGAACACCUAACAGUUUUCUAAAAAAAACGAUUCAAUUUGGUUUGUCUGCAAGAUCAAAACAGAAGCACCCUUUUAUUUCUUCCGAAACGAUUCUGAAGAGGCAUGGUUUGGCACAGUGUUCUUUUGUUGUUGUUCUGCAAGCUUUUAACAAUUUUUAAUUACAUAAUAUGGUGUAACAAUACAGAGAUAAUAUGCAACAGUCGUAGUUUGAAAUUUUUUUAUUACAAACUAAGUUCAUGUAAUAUUGCAUGCAAAAACAAAGGAGCCAACAUGCAACCAACCUGUUGGCCACAAUACAAAACCUUUCUAGAGUGGAAUGUACAAAUGAAAACAGAGAUCUGCGGCUUGUUUGCAUUUACUCCAACCAUUGGCAUAAGGGAACUGUUAGGUCAGGGCUUGAACUGGUGAUGGAGCACCUGGUGAAGGGUUUGUCUGGCCCAGGGAGCACAGGCAAAUUAUUUGCACCUGUGCUCCCCACCUGACCAGAAAGGGUGGACCCAGGGUUGAGUCACCCUGGACUCAUAUAAGGCCACCCAUUGGAGGGAGAGCAUCUCCUGGCCCUAGGCUAUUUCCUGAGGAGUGCUGCAUAGCUAGAAAGUCCUUUUACCAGUUGGGUGUGUUCAACUCUUUCUUCUAUAUACGGCUAUUGGCUUUCCUGUGAAUGCUUUGCCUCCUAUUGCCAAGAACGCAUCAGAUGCAGUUUUGCUUCUUCAUGAGCACAACAAUUGGUAAACUGUGACAGUCCCUUGCCAUAAGCCAGCUGAAACCUAGGAUUGCAUUUAGAUUGUUCUGCUUUAUCGAUGCAUGUAUAUUAAAACAUCUUUCCAUUUACUGUGCAGUUGCCUACUUGGCCUGUCCGAUCUCUUGAUCCUACUAAGUUUCAUACUGCACGCUGUUUGGUACUUCUAGGAAGUGAAGAGAGCAUUUGAUAUGUAUUUGUUCCUAUUUAAUAUUCUCACUGUCUUUUUAUAGUGAGUGAGGCUGUCUGGUAGGAAAUCUCGUGUUCUGUGAUGACAACAGAGUGACUGCAUGAGGCACAGAUCACUGACAGUGAACUUAACCACGCCACCCCUUUUGAUGCAGCCCAGGAUACAGUUGACCUUCUGGACUGCAAGCACACGCUGCAGGCUUGCGUCCAGCUUUUUCACACCAGCACCCCCAAGUCCUUCUCUGCAGGGCUGCUCUCAAUGAGUUCUCCCAGUCUGUGAUUGCCCAGCCCAACUGCAACACCUUGCAAUUGGCCUUGUUGAAACUCAUCAGGUUCACAUGGGCCCACUUUUCAGGCCUCUCAAGGUCCCUCUGGAUGGCGUCCCUUCCUUCUGUUGUAUCAACUGCAUUGCUCAGCUUGGCAUCAUCAGCAAACUUGCUAGGGAUGUACUCAAUCCUGCUGUCUAAGCUCUUGAUGAAGAGCACCAGUCCCAAGACAGGACCCCUGGGAGACUAAAUCUCUCUAAGAUCAUGAUCCAAUUUUUUAACCAGGUCAGCUUUGUCACCUUUUCAGGCGACCUUGUUCUUAUGCCUUUGAUUCUUGUACCCUUGCAUUUCCAUAGUUGUAAAAUCAAAUGUGUGGAAUGCUAGUAGAACCAUGCCUUGAAAAAGUUGCCUUUACUUCACACAAGAAUUUCCAAACAUAACUCUGCAGGGAGACAGCACAGCACAUCUUAACAAACUUGCUCAGAAAAAAUAAAAUCAGUGGUUAUCUGCUUAGGUCAAAACCUAAGCAUUAUUUUUAGUGUCCUGUUUAUCUGCUGAAAAGAAGAUCUGCCUAAACACUUUGUCUCACUACUUUUGAAGAAAGAGGCAGUUAAUACCAGUGACUUGUCUGAGAAAAGGGGAUUUGGAGGAGACAUCUUUUUCUUAGUCUUUCUUCUUGGCUUCUAUUUUCUUCUUUUGGCUCAUUGAUGUUCAACAGAAGUCUCUUGGAGUAAGGUAAUCUAGACUGGCAAUGCAGGAAAUGGCGUCUCUUUUUGACUAUCAUUUCCGUGACCGUGCAUGUUCUGAGUAGAAAGCAUUCAAGAUUGAUACAUUUUUAUCUCCAUAAACAACUCUUCAGGAAACAAGGUAACAGAAAAGAAAUUAAUUUUCUGCAGCCACUUAUGGCUUAUAAUUAUAAUUUUAUAAUUGUAAGAGGCUGCCUGCAGAUAUGUUACACUAAGUAAUUCAAGAGCUUAGAAAUGUGAUCAGUUUGUUACCAUGUGAAGACAUGCUUAGUCUCCAGAGGCUUUGCUUUCCUCUCCUGAACCAAAAGUUAGCAGAGGGAAUGUAAUUUUGCUUGUUUAAAUGCAGCUAUAAUGAUUUCUGCCACCCUAACUAGCAUCAGGUCUUAGCAUCUCUUGAGGUACGAAGCUAAAACUAGUGCUGCAAAUUUUGCUUGAUGUUUUGAAGUAUGCAAACACAGGGUGAUAGCACUGACAGUGAAAAGUUCCUAGUGAAGAGAAGACAAAUAACUAGGGCUCAUUUUGCAUGUUAUAUUCUAGUUCUAAAUUGUUCCUCAUAACAUCAGAAGUACCAGUAUCCAGUAUCAGUCUGAGACUUGGAGGUAGUUUAAGCAGUAUGCAAAACCCCUAAAGAAUCUUAAAGAAGGAGGUAAAUUGUGAAGAGAACAAGAAUAUCCUAAAGGAAAAGCCUCUUGGGACCACACUGGCUCACCAUUGAGAUAUGCCUGUUAGAUGAGGUAGGAAAUACAAGUAUUUAAAGCUGGAUUUGGAGCCAAAGCCACAGCACACUGGUGUUCAAAAAUCCUUCCUCUCUUCAGCUUCACAGUGCAGACUUGGUGCUGUGUGUGGAGCUGCAGCUAAUGGAAUUUUCAACUGUCUUAAAGCUGAAGCAUCUUCUCCAGUUUGGUAUCUUUUAUUCACUGUUGGCUUGCCUACAAUGGACAGAUGCUUUGUUCUUAAGUAGAAGAAUAACGAUUUUUACCCUCAUACUGUAAGUAUGUACAGGAUAGAAUCUCAGUGUAUUACUUAAGAACAACAUAAAAAAAAUCUAAAACCAAAGGCAUAGUUUGAUGAGUGAAGAUAGAAAUUCUGGAUCUGAAAACAGAUUGUUUUACACAGAUACAGGCUUUUUUUCCCCCUGGCUGUGAAUACGAUAUCAACUUCUACCAGAUCAUUUGUAAUACAGGAACAACUGCAAAAUUACACAUAAAAGAUUUAUUGAACAAUGACCUUAUUCUGAAUGUGAUGGAACUUAAUUAAAUUAUAUGUAUUCUAGCAUGCAUGCUUGUUCUGUUUAGUGACAGAACUAAUAAUUAUUCACAGUAAUGAAAACAGUAAACCCUGAAAAUAUUCAGACCAUGCAAGAAUUCUUAACACAGCUGAAUAGAUAACUUCUCCAAAUAAAAUCUUAUAUAUUUUUAAAAUGUCUUUAUUCACAAUAAAAUCUCAGUGGCAGCACUGGUCAACAAAACACACUAAACAUAGUGUGCAGAUUGUCUAUGUACUGAUCAGAAAGGCAACAACAGCAUUACCUUCACAAAAUUUGGAGAAAUGCUAAUGAACUCAUACAUCAUCUGCAACAAUAUGAACAAUACAGCAGAAUAAAUUUACUUCUGUGUUUCCCAGUGUUUUCCUAUUAAAUAAGGCAAUGAUAUGAAGCACACCAUCACAACAGCCUGCUUAAAUCUCUAGAGACUGAGUCCUGAUGUAAUGCAGUACUCAAAGGAAUGUGCAAAAGUAAACACCUGGAUUUGCACUUUGAUUCUUCAUUGUGUAAAGUAAUAAAUAAUUAAAAGCUACCAAUUCCAGAUUCCAGUGGCAAGAAAAAAAAACAAACACAAAAGAAAA